UUUUUUCUGUUGAUAUUGAUCUCGAUCGAUAAUCAAUUAUUCAAAAUUUGGAUUUGAUUCAUAAAUGAUUCAACAUUAGUCGACUACAAAAUAAUGAUCAUGAUCAUCACUAUAUUGAUGAUUUGAAGAUCUCUGUUCUAAACCAUCGUCAUAUAUCAUUUUCAAGAAAAUGAUCAUUUUAUUAUAAUUGUGUGUAUGUCCGACAAACUUAAAUCAACGUGAUUAUUAUCAUCGAAUAAAUAGACAUUAUUUUCAUAGUUUUUGUUUUUGGUUGAAAUAAUUUCACGAAAAUGGAGAAUUAUUAUUUCAAACAUCCAUCUCAUUUUGGUGACAUGUUCAGUUUAUUUGAAGAUUUCUAUCGAAGUAAAACUUUAUCCGAUGUGAUCAUCAACUGUCAGGGUAGAAAUAUUCAUGCUCAUCGUAUGGUUCUUUGUGCUGGAUCGGAUCAUUUUCGGCGGCUAUUAACAUCGAUCAAGAUGCAUAAUCAGUUACCCGUUUUAAUUAUAACGGAUAUUUCAUUCGAAGAUAUGGAAAUAAUUCUUGAAUUCAUUUAUCGUGGUCAGAUUGUCGUAUCUCGUGACAAAGUAGAAUCAUUACGGCAAGCUGCCUAUAAACUUCGUGUUCGUGGUUUUGAGAAUUUUCUUCGAAAACCAUUCAACAGUAAUGGCGUUCUAAAUGGUAGUGUUUCAAUGCAAACAAUGAAAACAAUGACCAACGGAAAUGUACGUUCGACAAGUUUAUUACAUGAAAGUAAACGUUAUUUACAACAAAUUAAUGAAAUGGAAAUCAAACGAACGAAACUGUCACAUAGUACACCAAAUGGUAAUCAUAUGCAGCAACAAGAUUCCCUGUAUAAUAAUAAUAACAAUCAUCAUCAUGCGAAUGCACGUCAUUUACGAGAAUCGCCUGCCGAUUUCCGUCGACAUUAUCCUCAUAAUAAUACCGAACCACAAUCACAAUUAGAAGCUGCCUUACAACGUGGAUUAAAUCAGAUGAACCAGAAUUGUAGUAAUCAACAAUCUUCUCCAAAUGCUAUGAUGAAAAAAAUGAUUCAUUUUGAACAAUUAAUGAAAUCUUGUAAUGGAAAUGUCAAUAAUAAUAAUAAUAAUAAUAAUGGUGUUUAUGAUUGUAAUGGAACUUUAGAUCUAAAAAUCGAUAAACAUCGACAACAGAAUGAUCAAGUGCCUUCAAUAACAAUUACUCGUGUAAAUGGUCCUGGAGUUUCUAUCGAUUUAAAUUGUGGUAAUUCUUCAAUGAGUGAUUCAUGUGAUGAAAACGAAGAGAAUCAAAGAAAUGAAACGGUUGAAAAUAACAUGAGUGGACAGGGGAAUUAUACGAAUAAUCAUUUUGAUAAUAGCAGAAAUGAAUCACAUGAAGUAAACUAUACAUAUGAAAUGGAUCCAAGUGUUCUUGUUGCUCCUCAAUGGGAUAAUUCUGAUGAAAACAUAAAAAAUUGUGGCUCGGUUAAAGAAGAUGCUGACGGUACUGAAGAGGAAGAAUAUUUCGAAUCAAUGAGUCGUAAUUCAAAUUCGAUGCUUGAUUCGAUGUUUAUGGCUGCACAGAAAAUGAAUCAAAUGAAUGCUGGCCAAAAUUUUUUCUAUUGUGAACAUUGUCCGAAAUAUUUUGUCGAUGAAGAUCAUCUACAAUUACAUAUCAAACGAACACAUGGUUUAAAUAAGAUGAAUCAAUGUAACAUUUGCGGAAAAGCUUAUGCUUGGAAAUCUGGUCUUUACAAACAUAAACGUCAUGUCCAUAAUAUUGGUGGUACUGGUGCAAAAAUCACACCAAAUGGUAAUGGCGAUUCUGAUUCAGCAGUUGAUAGUCAACCGCCCACUCCUACCGAUGUUCAACAAAUUCAAUCAUCAUCAAUGGAAGUGAUCAAUAAAAUGAACAACAACAACAACAACAACAAUGAUGCCAUCUCACCAUCGCCGAUCGAAUCGACUAUUGACGAAACGCCAGCCAUCUCUCCUACGGCUGUUACAACAACAUGAUGCUCAUUUCUGUGAUUACUUAUUCGAUAAUGUUCGAAUGUCUAAUUGAUGGCCAUCACCUACUUAUCAGAAGAAAAUUUUUUUUUUGCUCAAUCCUAAUUCGUGUUCAUUUAUUUAUUAUUAUUAUUAUUAUUAUUAUUAUUCUUUAAUAUAUCAUUACUUGGAUUCAA